AUGUUUUGGUUUAUUCUUCUCUCUUCCUGUAUAGCUAUACAUGCGCAACAAGGAUUGCUUCUUGAUUUGCAUCCUGCUGCGGGACCACAAUUUUUCGAAGAGUCGCUGCUCAGUGGUAAAAAUGGAAACAAGUUGAACGGCGAGUUUGAUGACGUGGCAGUUGACUCUUUGAUGGAUCCGGAAGGCAAGCCAAUUCAUGAACCGCUUAGAGCACACGCCAUGGUGCUCGAGGAGGAAUUGAGAAAGGAAGCUGCAGAAAUUCAAAGAAUUAUGCAGGAUAGCGAAGCGGAGAAUGAAAAAGGAGAAGUCACCUACACUACCUGGAUGUGGACCAUUUUUGGGUGUUCUCUUGUGGUUAGCAGUGGAAUUGUUCCCGCUUUUCUUCUUCCAGCGAAUAUCCACGAGUUUCUGUCGUCUGUUCAAGGACAACGUCGUCUGAAUCUCCUUCUCGGGUUUGGCGUGGGAUCUCUUCUUGCUGAUGUCUUCUUGCACUUACUACCAGAAGCUUACGAAAACAAUAACAAUCAACUCUGUGCAUACAUGAACUUAUGUGCAAACAUCAUUGACAACUUUGCUCAUGGACUGGCUGUUGGAAGUAGUUUCCUUGUUUCAACCAAGUUUGGAAUAAUGACUACUAUCACAAUUCUCCUACACGAGAUUCCACAUGAGAUCAGCGACUUUGCCAUUCUUCUCCGCGCCGAUUUCGAUAGAAUAGCCGCCAUGAAAGUUCAGUUCAUAACUGCUUCCGCUGGAGUUUUCGGAUCUUGCGUAGCCCUCUCCUUGCACACCUCCAACGUGCCGGUCAUUGAAACUCUUCUCCCAUUCACUGCUGGUGGAUUCCUUAACAUUGCUCUCACUCAACUAUUACCGGAGCUCAACGAGGAAAAAUCACCAAUCCAAAAUUUGAAACAAUUGGUGAUGAUUGUGACCGGAGUGCUGACAAUGUCAUUCUUGAACUGCCUCAGCUUUUAA